ACAGCCAGAAAACAAACGCAAAAUUUACACGGAUUUUAUCAAGAAUCAGUCCCUGAUUUUAUCAACAAUCAUUUGUUCGAUAUGCGUUUCCUCCUGUUGCAGAAUAAACGACAAUGCCUAGCAACACGAAUGUCGGUGGCAAUGAUGGUGUGUACAAAGCUAUUGGAGUAACGGCUGCCGUGGGGGCUAUCGCAUUUGUUUACUGGUUCAUGAGAAAAGGCAAAAGUAAAGAGAAGCCGUGCUCGGCAUGCAUUCGGCGAGAUAGGUUGAAGUUUCCAGAGGAUCCACCACCAGAAGACUAAACGAACCAUAAGCGAGUACAUAAUCUAGUAUGUCGAACGAAUUUAUGCCAAUAGAAAAUCUUUUCCGAAUCCUUUUGGAGACGGUAAGAGUUGCGGAUUGCUUCAGGCAUAGAAAAGGGAGAAAGUUCAUGACAAAAUUUUCAUCUUUGUUUGGAAGAACGUCAAAAUUACACGACUAAACUUCGACUGAUAGGUUUGGCCGUGGUAGCCAUGUUUGACAUAUCAUCCAUAUAAUGGGCAUCUGUCAGAACCAAACCUUUUAACUGUAACCUCGCGUGCCCAUUUUGUAAGAACGUGUAGUUGACCAUAACUGAAAUUCGCCGCCAAACAUGAUGGUCUUAUAUACGCAAGCUAACAUAAGCAGCAAACCAGAUAAGAAAAAACUAGCUGUCAACAUGAUUAAGCAAUGAAAGAUGACGUCAAAAUCUGAAUCUGGAAAACCGUAGUGAUUAUUCCUUUAAUUGAGGAUUUAAACACAAAUAACAUGACAAAAUAAAGGAAAUUUUCAGUGCACCUUUACGUAAUCUCUUCAGCUAAUAAAAUUGACAGGAAUGGGCCUGUAGAGAAUUGCCAUAAAUAUCUGACGGGCCACAAGAUCACAACAUGUGCGACUGCGCUGUAAAAACUCAAAAACUAGCCGGUGAAGACUGCACCUGCAUCUCUACAAAUGCUGCAAAAGGAUAUCUAGGAGAAAAUGUGACACGUGAGGAAGAUGAAGAGACGAUCCGUCGAAAAAUAGAGCAAAGGCAGAUGCGAAAAGAGAAGAGAUUAGAACGAGAUAUAAGAAGACAUGAAGCAAGGACAUUGUUGAGAACUGAAAUAGCAGAGAGAGUCGCGCGUGGUGAAUCUGUGACUGUAGUUCUCGAAAAUGUUGGAGUUAGUCUUAAGAACGAGGUUAUAGUUGCCGCGAAAGUGACACAGAAAGAAAGAAAAAAAAGAACGCAAGUGACAGCUGCUAAAGAGGCAUUGAGAGAGAAAAUAAAGACAGAACAAAAAGAAAAAAAAGAACGUGAAGAGGCCGCGGCAUUAGCCGCGUCACGCGGCCCCGAAUACUAUCUACCAUUAAUAGGAAGCGCCUUGCUGUUUAUCGGGAUAAGUACUUAUUUGUACACAUUCUUUAACAUGACUUGUGUUAUUAAAAUGAAAGCGAAGGCGAUUUCAAAGUACAUUACGACAGCGUUUUGCAAUGAGAUGGAAAGACGUAAACCCAAACCUGCGUACAAAUGUAGGUUACCGGAUCGUCCUCAUGUUUUUGUUACGAAGAAAAACGGAGAGUGGUCUGUGGAUGAAAUAGAAGAAUAGAAAAUAUUUCAAAUGGAUUCUUGAUUGUCACAUUCAUUUUGGGAACAGGAUGAUUUUUGAUAAUAGUGCAUUUCGAAACAGCUCAACAGAAUAUAUAAUAUU